AUAGGCAUAUUUGUAGAAGCAACCCCACAGAUUGUGAAUCAAAGAAUUGUGUGCCGCGAGGUGUGUGUGCUAAGUGCUGUUCGCCGUCAAGUUGUUUUUUUUACAAUUUAAGUAUUUAUUCAAUAAUUUUUCAUAGUAUUUAAAAAAUGGCGUCAGGAGUAACUGUAUCUGACGCAUGCAAGACGACAUACGAAGAAAUUAAAAAAGAUAAAAAACAUCGAUAUGUAGUAUUUUUUAUCCGAGAUGAGAAACAAAUUGAUGUUGAAGCAAUUGGUGAACGAUCGGCGGAAUAUGAUCAAUUUUUGAAAGACUUACAGGUUGGCGGUGCCGGUGAAUGCCGUUAUGGUUUAUAUGAUUUUGAAUAUAUGCAUCAAUGUCAAGGUACUUCAGAAUCCAGUAAGAAGCAAAAAUUAUUCUUAAUGUCAUGGUGUCCAGAUACUGCCAAAGUUAAGAAGAAGAUGUUAUACUCUAGCUCUUUUGAUGCCCUGAAAAAAUCGCUUGUUGGUGUGCAAAAGUAUAUCCAAGCAACGGAUUUAUCUGAAGCAAGUCAAGAAGCAGUUGAGGAGAAAUUACGUGCAACUGAUCGCCAAUAAAAUAAUAUUAAUAAUGAUACGAUAAAGAGGGAGCACAUGCAAUUUAAAAAAAAAGAAAACACAGCAAAUUGUGCACCUCUUUUUCUUUCAUAAUGGCUGGAGUGGAGUGUUUGUUUAGGGACGCGCGCUCACCACUCAUACAAAACAUACCGAGUGUUAUAACAAUUUCAAACAUCUCGGAAUACAUUGUUUGAGUUAAAAUCGCAAACAAAACAAAAAAAAAAAAACAAUUUUCUUGUCGCUUCUUACCGCCCACGCCCACUCUGACCCCCCACUCUCUUUACUUUUAUGUACUAUUAUUAUGUAUUAUCUUAUACUAAUAAAUUUGUAAUUUAUCAGUGAAAA